CCUCAGGGAGAAACCGUCAACUCACAGGACUCACAAGGACCAAAGCAGGAAUCAGGUCCCGAUUGACUGAGGGACGGUGGGAGCGGCCGGCGAAGCACCUAGAUCAGACUCAAGUGAGGGAAUAGCCGAAACAAGCCUGUCCAUAGGGGCUCUCCGAUGCAAGUGGGGUAAACUGGUCAUUUAGGCAAGAGAGACAGAGACCCCUGGCAUCGGCAGAGACCUCAAGAAGCCACUUGGGCCAAACCAUUCUCUCUUUGCUGGUCGGACUCCGCCAGGCUCAGCGGGCGAUGCGACGGGGAGGACGAAAGAGUGGCCGGGCCCUGGGGAGGACUGGGAGGGCCAGCUGCCCCUGGUGAGGGCGCAAGAAGGCUUUCUGUCCCUGAGCCCCCGCCGAUAGCAUGACCGCCUCCCAGGGAGAGCCCCGCGCCCCCCGGCCCCCUGAAGGGACCCCCUCUACCCCGGGAAUAGCCACGGCCAGAGGAGGGGGUCCCGCUGGGGCCGAGGGGCCAGGCCGGAGGCUCCCAGUUGUUGUCAGCCAGCCCCGUGGGCCUGGGAUGCGUCCCCUUUUUGGGGUGUGGCUGAUGCUCUGGGCGGUGGCGGCGGGUGCUACGGGGGUGCCCGUCGUGCCCUGGCGGGUACCGUGCCCCCUCCGAUGUGCCUGCCAAAUCCGCCCCUGGUACACGCCCCGCUCGGCCUACCGCGAGGCCGCCACGGUGGACUGCAACGACCUGUUCCUGUCGGCGGUGCCCCCGGGGCUGCCGGCGGGCACCCAGACCCUGCUCCUCCAGAGCAACGACAUUGCCCGGGUGCGGCCGAGCGAGCUGGCCCACCUGAGCAACCUGACAGAGCUCGACCUGAGCCAGAACAGCUUCACGGACGCGCGGGGCCUGGGCCUCCGGGCCCUGCCCCAGCUGCUCAGCCUGCACCUGGAGGAGAACCAGCUGGCCCAGCUGGGGGACCACAGCUUCGCCGGGCUGGCCCACCUCCAGGAACUGUACCUCAACCACAACCGGCUGUGGCGCAUCGCGCCCCGGGCCUUCUCCGGCCUGGGCAGCCUCCUGCGGCUCCACCUCAACUCCAAUCUGCUGCGGAGGGUGGACGGCCGCUGGUUCGAGGCCCUGCCCAGCCUGGAGAUCCUCACGCUCGGCGGCAACAAGGUGGACGCCCUCGGGGACGGGACCUUCCGGCCCCUGGCCGGCCUGCGGAGCCUGGUGCUGGCCGGCAUGGCCCUGCAGGAGGUCUCGGACCGGGCGCUGGAGGGCCUGCGGGGCCUGGAGAGCCUCUCCCUCUACGACAACCAGCUGGCCCGCGUGCCCAAGCGGGCCCUGGAGCGGGUGCCCGGCCUGAAGUUCCUGGACCUCAACAAGAACCCACUGGCGCGCGUCCGGCCCGGGGACUUCGCCGACAUGCUGCACCUCAAGGAGCUGGGGCUGAACAACAUGGAGGAGCUGGUCUCCAUCGACCAGCUGGCUCUGGUCAACCUGCCCGAGCUGACCAAGCUGGACGUGACCAACAACCCCCGCCUGUCCUUCGUGCACCCCCGCGCCUUCCACCGGCUGCCCCGGAUGGAGAGCCUGAUGCUCAACCACAACGCCCUCAGUGCCUUACACGGGCAGACCAUCGACGCCCUCCCGGGCCUGCAGGAGAUCGGCCUCCACGGCAACCCGCUCCGCUGCGACUGCGUCAUCCGCUGGGUCAACACCAGUCGCAAUCGCGUCCGCUUCCUGGAGCCCCAGGCCACCCUGUGCGCCGAGCCCCCGGACCUGCGCCGCCGCCCGCUGCGCGACGUCCCCUUCCGCGACAUGGCCGGCCGCUGCCUGCCCCUCAUCUCCCCGCGCAGCUUCCCCGCCCGCCUGCGGGCCGUCCGUGGCCAGAGCCUGGCCCUCCACUGCCGGGCCCUGGCCGAGCCCGAGCCGGAGAUCUACUGGGUGACGCCCGCCGGGGUCCGGCUGGCGGCACCGGGCCGGGCCGGGCGCUACCGGGUGCUGGCCGAGGGCACCCUGGAGAUCCGCCGGGUCACGGAGGAGGAGGCCGGCCUCUACACGUGCGUGGCCCAGAACCUGCUGGGGGUGGACACCCGCAGCGUCAGCCUGGCGGUCGAGCGGGCCGCACCGGGGGGCAUCGGCGACGGGCAGGGCGGUGGGCAGGGUGGGCUGGAACUCUGGGUGCGGGAGGCCCACCCCUACCGCGUCCUGCUGGCCUGGCCGCCUUGCCCCAAUGCCGUGGCCGCCAACCUCACCUGGUCCAGCUUCUCUUUCCGCCACGGGCCGGGGGCCGGCAGCUGGGCCCGCCUGCCACGGGGCCAGCUCAGCUACAACGUCACCCGGCUCCGCCCAGACACCGAGUACUGGGCCUGUCUGCACGUGGCCUUCGCCGACGCCCAGACCGGGGCGGCCUGCGUCAGCGCCAGGACUACGGAGGCGGCCACCCGCCUUGGGGCCUCGGGGUGCCAGCCGGGGCUCCUGGCCGCCUUAGCCCUCUCCGGCCUGCUGCUGGCGGCCGGACUGGCCCGCCGCUGGGGGCUCGGCCCCCUCGGGAUCUUGGGGCCAAGGAGGGCGGAAGGAUGGCAGCCGCCUCUCCCGUUCUGGGCCCCUUGGGGCCGGGGCCCCCGCUCUGUGCGUGUGGUAUACCCUCCACGCGUCCAGCACUGGGACCUGGGCCAAAAGGGUGGCCGGCUCCCGGAAAUGGAGCCUGUGCCGGCUGGAGCCGCAGAUUCCUGAAGCUUGGCGUCUUCAGGGCCGGGGAGGGCGGCGAGGUCUUUCUCUCACCCAGAGUGGGACAUCCCACCGAGCUCAGAGCCCCAAUGGAC